GCACCAAUAAACCGCGUAUGGCCCGUGCGACAGGCCGCAAACGGGAUCGCAGUGAGAGUCGAUUGCGCGCGCAGAUGGAGGAUUUGGGUAUCGACGGGGAGGAAUUGAGUGGAAAACGACAAGCACGUUCCGUGACGGAGGGCAGUCGGGUACGGGAGGCCAAAGCCAAACGACAGCGCCUGAUCAGUGCCAGCGCCGGCAGUCGGGUGCGCUCGUCGUCACGCGUGCCGCGAGAUCAAUCUGGACUGCGGGAUGAGAAGAUGGUCGAGAAGACGAAGAAGAUGAGGAAACGCGCUCAGAAUCGUAUGAACCACCAGGCCAAGAAGGGUGAAGCCGACCGAAAGAUUCUAAAUAUGAAACCGAAACAUCUCUUCGCCGGCAAACGUACCGUUGGAAAGACCGAUCGCCGCUAAUGAAUACCGGUAGCUGUUUAGAAAAGUACUCUAUGUUGUGGGCGCAAAAUUAAUAAAGAGAACUAACGAAUACGACUUCUAUAAAAACAAUUGUUUUACUUUCUUGAUGAUUGGCUUUAACUUUUAACAAUGAGUGGUACAAAAAUCACGUCGUCUGCCUUGUCAGUACAGAAAUCUCU